UCUUGUCACAAAGACGCACAGCCAGCUUCCCGUCAUUGCAAUAUUUUUGUAAAUUAUUUAAGAAUUUAGCUUUAUUUCAUAAUUUAUUCGUUUUACUAAAAAUAAUUAGUGUUAAUGGACGUGUGAAAUGAGUGUUUAAUUAAUGACGUGCUCAAACAGUAAUGUGCACGGGGACUCAAACUUGAUGAAAGAUGUCUUCGCGUUAUGGAUCAACAUACAACAGGACAAAACGAAAGUGACUAGUUGACCGAGCGUGGUUCGACGUAUUUUUUAGUUCCUACAUUUUUCUGCCUCAAAAAUGGCGCAGACCGUCAGGCGCGCUGUUGAGGGUAGAUAUCCCUCAUGUUAUUUACCAAGUAGAAUUAAAGAGAGACGGGCAAAAGCCAGGGCAUUGAGAUUAGAACAACAACGAAAGCCCGAUAAGCCCGAAGACUUUGUCUGUUAUUCGGACAGCGACAGCGAAGAAGAAACUCCCACACAACAACAUCAGAUACUCAGCACGUCAUACAACUUUGUGGACUAUGUGCGCUCUCGGGAAAUACUUGCCAGAGAGGCCAGAUCGGUGGACCCGUCGUACGCCACUCGCCACAUGCUCACCCACGACAUGUUUCGCGAGACGCCGGUCAACCUCGGCAACAUGAACAAGGUUUUCUGUUCGCAAUGGCUGUCCGAUAGGCAGGUCGUGUUUGGUACUAAGUGCAAUAAGCUGUUGGUGUACGACGUGCGGUCGCGCGCGCUGGACCGCAUCCCCACGCUGCGGCCGCGCGGCGCCUGGGCCGGCGCCGACCACCAGACCGGCAUCCACGCGCUGCAGAUCAACCCCUCCAGGACGAUGUUAGCAACGGGUGCCAGGAAUUCCUGCGAGCUAGCUAUAUACAGCCUGCCCACUUUAGACCCGGUUUGUGUGGGCGAGGCGCACAAGGAUUGGAUACUGGACUUGUGCUGGUUGGACGACGAGUUUCUGGUGACGGGCUCCCGGGAUUCGAAGCUGGCGCUGUGGAAGGCGCCCACCGCUAACAAGGCGGCCUACAUCUCCCCCGUGGCCCUCAGGGAGUGUAAAUGCGGUCAAAAAGUGCGCGCGUUAACAUUCAACAAGAGAUGGCGGGAAAUAGCAGCGCUGUCGCUCAACGGGUACAUACACGUGUUCGACGCGGAGACAUUCAGACAGACUCUGUCUAGGAAACUGCCGUCGUGUCAGGAUCUCGUGUGCUUGGCCACGCAGGAGUCCGGCGUGUACGCAAUCGGCUGCAAAUCGUACACGCUGCUGCUGGACUGCCGCACGCUGCAGCCGCUGAAGAAGGUGACGUCGCGCUACAACGGCUGCGGCAUCCGCUCCGCCAGCUUCCGCGGGCACAUGCUCACCAUCGGCACGGGGCUCGGCUUACUAAUGUUUUACGAUUUGCGAGCUGGCAAAUAUCUCGAGAGCAGCGUCCAUUCUACCAAAACCGUCACUCUGAGAGCUUCUAAAGGCUAUGUGUUCCCGGACGAGGAAGCGGAUGGUCUGAACCAGGUGAAAUACGUGCCCGCUAUCUAUACUCACUGUUACGACGACUCCGGCACGCGCGUGUUCACCGCGGGCGGGCCGCUGCCGGCGCCGCUGCAGGGGAACUACGCCGCGCUGUGGCAGUAGGUCAGUGACCUUGGGUGACCUUUGAGGUGACCUCUCGCAAUCGCAUUGACCUUGAACACUCUUAAUGAAAUAACGUUGACCCAAAAUAAGUGGCAGUAGGCGAUUGACCUUAGAGUUGACCUCUCGCAAUCGCAUUGACCUUGAAGACGCUAAAUUAAAUAACGUUGACCCAAAAUAAAAUGUUUCCCCAAAGUAAUAUCUUGAGUUCACUAAGCAGUGCUGUUUUAGUAGAUAAAUGCAUAUGCAUAUAUAUUAUAUAUAUAUAAAAUCACGUGGAAAAGAGUGGGCCUAUUCUUUUUUCUCUUGGUGCCGGAAACCACACGGCACCUUCAAGAAAAUAACACCUUUUACAAUGACCUCAAUUUGGAUCGGGGAAUUAAACCAAUUGAAAAAUGACCGACGACAAUGAAAAUCUCUCAAAAAUAAUAUUUUUCUCGACUCGGGACCGUUUCUCGCGCCGCUACACUGACAGUAGAAAAAUGACCUUAAAAGUGACCUCUCGAAAUCACAAUGACCUUGAAAGAUUUCUAAAUAAGACCUUAAACGACUUAAAAGGCGACCUCAGAUAAUGUAAAACCCUCAAUACAGCAUGUUCUUGAAAUAACCUUGAUCCAAAAUGACUUCAAAAGUUGCGCUGACUUAAAUUUUGUUAAGCUUUUGCCAGUUACCAAUCCCAUUUUGGCAAGAUGUGACCUUAAAAUUGACCUUGACUUAAUACACUCAACCUGGUACACCAACAUAACCAACUCAAAAUAAAUCACAAUGAUAAAAUGACUUAGAAUUACCUUUCUUUUAUUUAUUUAUAUAUUUAUGUACAUCAAGGAAAAUAAGAAUAAAACUGAAAAUAAAGUGAAAUUCAGUACAAGGGCACUACUUAUUUCUAGAGAAAUUUCUUUCAGCAGGCCCACGAAAAAAAAUUCUUCUUUUCUUUCAAAAUAACCCAAUCGGAGACGAAAUUUUUUCCAUUUUAAAAAUUACGCUAUAAUUCCAUGAUCAUUUUUUAAUACCGAGGCAUAAUGUUAAACUACUCAGUCCAUUUCUUUAGAUACCUACUUAGUUAAAUAAAAAAAAAAACAAUUUUGAAAUGUCAUUUUAAUUAUAAUAAGUUAUUCAUAACUUAAGUCAAUGACAUUUCUGUUACUUCUUCUCGUUGGCUAUAUUAAAUAUAUAUAUAUAUAUAUAUAUACAUAUAAUCACGUCUAUAUCCCCUGCGGGGUAGACAGAGUCAACAGUCUUGGGAAAACUGAUAGAGACGCGAUCAUAUGUAUAUAUGUAUAAUACAACAACACAAAUAUAAUACACAUUUAUAACGAUGCAAUAAUUUGUAAAUAAAUUUGUAAUUGUUUGAUGUAUUUUGUCGUGUCCUUGUUUGAAGUUUUGUAAAUCCGUGAUAUAAUAUAUUAUAAAGCGUAAACUCGUGUAAUAUUGAUAAUAUACAAUAUUGGAUAUACAUACAUAUGUUAAGUAAGCCGGAAACAUGUGAUUGAUGAUAAAUUAAACACCAUUACUAUUAAGAUAAUUAUCUUUUUAAUUGGUCAGGAUAACCCGAUUUUACUUGUGCAGAAGUUUUGGUUUUAAUCGACAAAAUUUUGUUUAUUGCAUUUCCUUAGGACUUACUAUUGUACGAGUAGGUACCUUACAAAAAUAAAUGAGAGGAACGCGCCAUUAAUAUAUUACGUAAGGCGAUUUUUGACAAUUUGGGAGCAACUUUGUAUGUGCGAAAAAUUUAUGUCUGUUUUUACUAUAUAACACACUAGCAUUUGCCUACGGCUUUGCCGGCCUGAUAUUGCAUUUAAUUAUUGCCUGAUAUUGCAGAAAUUGGUUUUGAAUUUUCAAAUGUUAUCCCUUUCAUACAAACUUACAAUAAUUUCCUCUUUAUAAAAUGAGUGUGAAAUAUCGACCGCUCUCCCCUCAAAAAUUAUCUCACGUAAUAAAGAUAUUAUGGUGCCUUACGAUUGGAUUUAUUUUCGCCACAAAUAUAAUAAUUAGGUUGCCAUUAGGCUUUUUCAGUAAAAUUUUUAUUUAUGAUAAAAAAAAACUGAUUAGAAAUUGUAGAUCUAUUUGUAAAUAUAGAUUUAAAAAAAACAUUUAUAACUACCAAGGAUGUUAUGUUGCG